UUAUUUUUUGGUAUCCCCGUGUAUUGCCUUUAUAUAAUAGAGAUUUCUGACAACAAAAAUCAAAUUAUCAAUGCAAACUAUUGCAAAGUUGUGAAGCGAGAGCGAGAAGCGUGUAAGAUUAUGUUUACUGUUCACUAAUAAUUUUUCAUAUAAAACUCCAAAACCAGUUCAUCCAUGAUCUACAGAAAACAUGGCCCUCUCAACUUCCACAACUGCAUUCUCAAUUCUACCAAACAAAAACACCACUUCCCCUUCACCAAUAUUUCUUCGAAAUCAAGCUCAAUUCACCAUUAAUGGCUGCUUCUUCCCUCUUUUCAAACCGCCCACCAAACUCAAACGACCCCUUUUCUCUGCCCCCGCCAUUUCUAGCUCUCAAGAAUUUGGGUCACUCGUUGCUAGUGAAACCAACUUUUCUAUGUUGGAUAAAGCUUUAGUUUAUGAUUUGAAAGGAAAUGGAAUUCCAAUUACUGAUUUAUGGAAAGAUAGGAAAGCUGUUGUUGCUUUUGCUCGCCAUUUUGGGUGUGUGCUUUGUCGCAAGCGGGCGGAUUAUCUUGCCUCCAAGAAGAGUUCCAGCAAUUGCGAUACCAUUGGUGUUGCAUAUCUCAAAUCUACCAGGAGUAAAUUUACUGGAAGAUUUUCAAUUUCAUCAGCUCAGACCCGAACCAACAAUUGGAGUACUAUUUAUUGUUCAUGUAGAUGUUGUAUGCCCGGCACUGAGCUACAGCCGGAAUCAACACCAUCACUUCCCGUGAAAAUUGUGAGCAUUUUUGAAGAUGGCAGUACCAGUCCUCUUAAAUCUGCUCCUUGGCAAGAUGUUUUGAUCCACACUGCAGAAAGACUGAAGUGGAUUGAUGAAGGAAUUGAAAUGCUUGUCUUUAAUGAUAGUCUCUGUCGAUCUGGUGAAAAUAUGGCUCAAAACCUUAAGAAGGAGCUUAUGCGCGCCGACAUACUGUUGGUUGUUGCUGUUACCAAACAAGAAUCAGUCGAGUGGAUUCAGAAUCAUGCUCACAGCAUUCCGAAUAUUAUAUGCUUUGAGUCCUCUGCUGCAUUAGUGAAUAAACUAGGAGGAUCCUCUAUCAGCAGUGAAACCAAAGGGAACAUGUUUGACAGUUUGACAGGCUUUUCAAAAUCUCAGAAAGCGAAUGAAAAAACUGAAGUAGUGCAAACUGUUACUGAAGCUUGGGAACGACAUAAUUCAGAUGACAUUAGAUUUUCCUUAUUAGUAAUAAUCAAUGCUUAUUUGAGGCCGGUUUCUGUUUUGCAAAAUUUGAGAUCAAAGGGGUUUUUUACACUCAGCUGCAUGGUAAAAAACUGUGGAUCCCAGAUUCUGGAUUGCUUGUUGGAUCCUGCCUGUAGGAAUGCCCUGCAAUGCUUAAAUAAGUGUAGUCCUGUGGAUCAGGUAUGCAACUAUCGCUGCAUUGCUUCAUAUGAAAGUCCACAGCUUGAAGCAUUCUCCCUCUGUGUAUUACAAAAACAUAAUUGUUUGCAACUGGACGCCAAAAUUCCUGAAAAACCAUAUGUAGCUCCUAUGGCUAAGUUUCGCGGAUCUGAUUUAUGUCACGAAACGGCUGAAGAUCUCUUUGUUGGUUGGCUAGGGAGUAUGGACUGGAGUUGGCGUGUUGUGGCAGGACAAAAUCCUGCCUAUGAUCAAUUUCCUUGCCAAUACCAACUCUUCUAUAGGGGGAAGGCGAGGGGUUCAUUUUGGUAUGAGCCAGUUUUUCAAGUCAAAACUUUAGAUGGAAAAAUCGUCUGGAGAAGAAGAAGAUAUCGGGUGAAGAGGGGCCCAAUUCCAGGCAAAUUUUUCUUCAGUGUUUUGGAUAACGGAGUUGUCUCAAAUGAGUCCUGGACAAUUGUGGAUGUUGUUGAUGAUCUUAGUUGGGGAUUGUUUCAUUAUCAUGGAGCUGCUCGAGUUGCAGGACAAUCUUACACAGGGGCAGUUCUUGUUAGUCCGGAUGGAAGAUAUCCUAGUGAGGAUGAUGUACCUAGGUUAAGUAGUGCUCUAGAAAAGUGUGGUAUCAAAAAGUGGGAGCUAUUUACUGUUGAUAACUGCUCUUGUCGUGAUGCACCUCUGGGAAUUCCUGAGAGUUCACGCUUGCACCACAAUUUAAAAGUUGAAAGAUAAAAAUAGGCAUGGAAUUACAAAUUUGAGCUCUUUGGGCUUUGUACAUUGUGCAGGCCAUUAAAGUUGCUUCAAUUAUUUCAGAAGG